AUGGCUUCUUAUUUAAAAUUACUAGGUAUAUCUACAUCUAGUACUUUGAUUUUAAGAAAUUUUUCUAAAUUUACACAAGUCCUACAUACUGUCUAUGAUCCAAAAAUAUUUAUUGAACCAAUUGUUGAUUAUGAAGAACUUCAAAAACCAUUAGCAAAAGAUGAUGAGAGAAGAUUUAAACAUGCAAAAGCAAUGAAUUUUGAUCAAUCACCAGUUUUUUACCGAAAUCAUGUAGUUGAUAAGCUUGUUCGUGUAUGUAUGAAAGAUGGUAAAAAAGAUAUUGUUAGAAAUAAUGUUUUAGAAGCAUUAGAAAUUAUAAAAAGGAAACAAUACAAAAGUUGGCUUAAGGCAUCUGAUAAUGAAAAAAAAGCAAUAGAAUUAAAUCCUUUUGUAAUAGCAGAAGUAGCUAUUUCAAAUUGUAAACCAAUGCUAAAACUUCAAAAAACUGUUAAGGGUGGUAUAUCUUAUGAAAUUCCACGUUCUAUAACUGAUAGUGAAGCUGAAUUUAGAGCAAUGAAAUCAAUGAGAGAUAUUUGUAGGACUAAGGCUCAUCAUGGAGAAAGUAAUUUAGCACAAAUGCUUGCAACCGAAUUAUUUGCCGCUUACAAUAAUGAUGGGUUAACUAUACGAGCAAAACAAGAAUUUCAUAAAACUUGUGAAGCUAAUAAGGCUUAUGUUCAAUACUUGAACUGA